CUGAUACUCUUAUGCGGACACGUUCUUUUCCAUCUGGUUGAGCACUUGAGCCCACAACCAUCAGAAAUCACAUGGGCUCAUUACCACACAAAUCGAAAUUCAAUAGGCAUUUACAGAUAAAAGAAGAUACCCCUCGCUGAAAUUCCUUUCAAAUCCUGAACAUUCCAUUCCUUCUAUUUCUGGAAUCAGUGAGACAGAGACAUGGCCGAAGAAGUAGAACUCAGCGAUGAACAGAAGAAAGACAUCGCUAAAUGGUUCCUCCUCAACUCUCCCGCCGGCGAAAUCCAAUAUGUCGCGAAAGAUUUAAGAACAGUAUUGAACGAUGAUGGUGUAUAUAACGAAGCUGCUCUGGACGCAUUUCCUGUCUAUAAUAAAACUCACAUGAUUUGCCUCGAAAUGCCCGGCAGAAUCGGAGAUGUGCUAGUGACAUCAUAUGGAGAGCUUGCUGGGAAUGAGUUUCUCGAUCCUAGGACUGCCCAGGUUGCUAUUAUUGACCAUGUUAAACAAGUUUGUACAGAGGUAAGGCCUGCGAGUGAUGAGGAACUUCCAUCACCCUAUAUUGAGGAAUUCCGAGGGGCUUUGGACGCUGAAAUACUCAAAUACGCUGGUGAGGCUUAUCCUAAAGGUGUUUGUUCAGUCUUUUGUACUGAUGGGAAGGAUGCAGAGGGUCCAGGAUCCAAUUUUGAGCUUGUUGUAGUGAUUUCUGCUACUAAACUUAGUCCACAGAAUUUCUGCAAUGGGAGUUGGCUCUCGGUGUGGAAAAUAGAGUUCAAGGAUGACAUACAAGUAUUGGAACUGACAGGAAAAUUGCAGGUGGGUGCCCAUUAUUUUGAAGAAGGAAAUGUGCAGUUAGACGCGAAACAUGAAUGCAAAGAUUCUACGAUCUUUCAGUCUCCUGACGAUUGUGCAGUUUCUAUUGCCAACAUUAUUCGCCACCAUGAGACAGAGUACUUAGGAUCUCUUGAGGCAUCAUAUUUGAAUUUGCCGGACACAACUUUUAAGGAUCUUCGGAGAAAACUUCCAGUUACUCGUACCCUAUUCCCAUGGCACAACACUUUACAAUUUAGUCUAACGAGAGACAUCCAAAAGGAACUUGGAAUAGGGAAGUAAAUAGAGAAUGGCAAAUGCUUGAGCUGUUAUUUCUUGAAGCACAAAAUCGGACUAGCGAGAUUCCGCCGGUUGUUUCUUUUCAUCCAUCUCUGUUGAGUGUAUUAAGUUCCCAUAUUUUUGUUCCUUUCAUUAUAUAAAGCCCUUUCCCUCCCUCAUUUUUGGUGUGCAAGGUUGUGUAUAGCGCAGUAUUGGUCAAUUUAUUUUUGUAUUGUUCUGGAAAACAUUUUGUGGAUACCUGUGGCAACUUUUAAUUGUUUCUCUUGUAAUUGUCCCAUGUUUAUACCC